AUGGUUGGGGAGAGUGGGAGUAAACUGUCUGCGUCAUACAUGGUACAAGAGGAGACAUCCACGGCAUUAGAUCACACACAAGGAACAGAAGCUCUGAAAGAUGUUGUCUGCGGAUCAGUAGCAGGCGUUGUGGGCAAGUACAUCGAGUACCCAUUCGACACUGUCAAAGUCCGACUGCAAUCACAACCGAAUCAUCUCCCUCUGAAGUACAUUGGACCGAUAGAUUGCUUCAAGAAGUCACUGAAGCAAGAUGGCUUCAUCGGUAUCUACAGAGGCAUAAGUGCUCCUUUGGUAGGAGCAGCAGUAGAGACCAGCUGUCUCUUUUUCAGCGUCAGUAUAUCACGUUUCCAGCACCACAAACAUUGGCUAACUCCCAAACAGUACCGUCUAGCUACAGAUGCUCUGAGAACCUCUGGAUUCUAUCCGGAGCUCAAAGGCCACCCUGAAAAGGAGUUGCCGUAUUCUGGAAUGCUUUACUGUGGUAUGGCCGCUGGCGCAAUCACGUCGGUCUUCCUCACGCCAAUCGAAUUGGUCAAAUGCAAGAUGCAAGUCCCCCUCGAGACACCCAACGCCACAAUCGCAAGACCUGGCAUCUUGAGCGUGAUCGCUUCCAUCUACCGCCACCAAGGAAUGAUGGGAUACUGGCACGGUCAGUUUGGUACCCUCAUCCGCGAGACAGGCGGGGGUGCAGCAUGGUUCGGCGGGUACGAGGGCACGAAGAUGCUAUUCAAGAAAGCAUCCGCUUUAUCUGAUGAAGAUAUGCCCAUCUGGCAGCGUAUGGCAUCUGGCUCAGUAGCUGGGAUGUUGUACAACUUCGCCUUCUACCCUGCGGAUACUGUCAAGUCGAGGAUGCAGACUGAGGACGUUAAACAAUUGACCGGCCAGAAGUUCAGCGCGGUAUGGAAGGCACACUGGCAGCAGCAUGGCUUGAAAGGGAUGUAUCGCGGCUGCGGCAUCACCGUUGCCAGGUCGAUUCCAAGCUCUGCAUUUAUCUUCACGGUGUACGAGGAGCUGAAGAAGAGGUGGCCUGGAUCAGGAUACGAUCUAUGA